AUGCACCUUCAUUUCGAGUAUUACCCUCGGAACAUCAUACCGGUAAAUUUGGCCGGGUGCUACAGCUGCUCGGAUUUGAUGACCACCGGGCCCACCCAGGCAUCGCGAACGAAUUUGCGGCCGUUCACCAUCCCUAAAGACGUGAAAAUAGAGGAUGUUAUCAACCUUAAAAAACGCCAGGUGGAAUACGACCAUGACGAACAGGACGAAUUGUGGCUCGAGGAGAAAAAUCAUGGCAAAAUAGCAAUUAUCAGUCCGGAAUUGUUCGAAAUCUUGAUCACCCAGUUGGAAAAUGAUUGGGAUCAGCUUGAAUUAGCAAUGUCAACAGUUUCCGGAGGUGAAGAAAAGGCAGAAUUGACCCUCCGCAACAAUACUGAAAAGUAUGGAGACGAUGAUGGUAUUGUACAGGGAUCAGUGUACGAUCAAAGAUGCGCCGUGUGCAACGACAGCGAUUGCACCAAUUCCAAUGCCAUUGUUUUUUGUGAUGGAUGCGAUAUUGCCGCUCACCAGGAAUGCUACGGGGUAGCUUUCAUCCCUGAGGGGGAGUGGCUCUGUCGGAAAUGCAUGCUUAGUCGAAACCAUCCGGUUGACUGUGUUUUUUGUCCAUCGAAAACCGGUGCAUUUAAACAGCUUGAUAAUUCACUUUGGAGCCAUGUUGUGUGCGCCUUGUGGAUUCCCGAGGUAUACUUUGCCAAUCCCAUCUACAUGGAACCCAUCGAGGGAAUCGCCUUCAUACCGAAAAACCGGUGGAAAUUAACUUGCUAUAUUUGCAAGCAAAAAGUCGGUGCAUGUAUCCAGUGUGGGAACAAAAAUUGUUUCCAGGCCUACCACGUCACUUGUGCCAAACGGGCGGGUCUCCAUAUGGAACUCUUGUACGGAGUUCAAGGCGGAAUUCAAAAUAAAUCGUCACUAAUUUCAUAUUGCGACCGUCAUGGUCAAGUCGAUGCUUUGGUUGUGCGAGCCGGAAUUGAAAAAACUCGCCGCUAUUACCGGGAUAUGAAAGUUCUUCGCGCCCACAACGCACAAGCUGCGAAAACCCAGCAGGCUGCUAACCGGAUGAAUCUAUUCCGGUGGAAAACCGACGGUGGAACACCGAUAGCUCCGCAGCUGUUCGCCGACCGAGUAUACAAAACGAUCAUGGAGCUUCGAGGGGCCUCCUCGGACCGCGGACCAUUACGAGGGUUGGGUUUCGAAGCAUCGGCGGCUCAAAUCGAGUCGGAAAUUCGCAGUUUUAGUCAUGAUAUCUGCAAAUACUGGUGCCUUAAACGAGAACAUAAAAAGGGAGCUCCUCUUAUCCGCAAGAAUAACAAUCUUAUGCUGACGCUGUCCAUCAUCUAUGGGUCUAAUUCGCCCGAGGAAGUCGGUGACAAGUUGGAAUUUGCAGCCGUUCUUUUACAAGAUCUCGAUCGGGUGAUCCAACUUCUGAGUUUGACGGUAGAUCGCCAAGAAACUGCCGAGAAAAUUUCUGAAGUCAACCUUGAGGUUCGUGGUGGAGUGGCGUUCCCUAUUCAGGCCAUCCUAACCGAGGUUUUGGCCCGAGCAUCAUCGGCCGGAAAGACUGCCGUCACCACCGAAAUUGAAAAUCGAAAUAAAAACUACAAAUACGAAACGGUCGAUUCGUUCUGGACCGAUAUUCACGAGCGCAAACCACAGCUCUACAAGAGUCGCGCUGGCCGGAAGUGGUACAAUCUGAUUUACGAGCAACUCGACCGGCUUCGUGGUGCAGAAACCAGCGUCAAAAAUGAACUUUCUCGCGGCAGAAUCCAACUUCCGUUCGCGAGAUUCGACCACGGCGAGUACGUGCUCCGGCCGGAUAUGGGGCUCAUGGACGAAUUGAGCGACGUGGAGGAAAUGGACGUGGAGGAAGAGAAGAAGCUACGGGAGUUUUUGCAGUGA